AUUUCCUCCGUAUUAUUUCGAAUCGCUCUCGCGGUACUUUGACGUCAUCCGCAUGUUGAUUCUUGUUGCGCCGCAUAAAGUGCCUGCAAAACCCCUGUAUGAACCGCUAGAGGGCAGAACUGCAGUAUGUUCACUUGUUUAUCACGAGCAAGAGUUUUCACAGAAGAAGAGCGAAACGUCUACACCUCGAUACUUUCCAGUCUAUGUUUGUUUACAUUUUUAAUUUCCAGUCAAUAUUUGCACAUAGUGACAUCACUACGUAAAGAUGAAUGAGGAUACUCUUACCACUUUGAAAAUAUUGAUCAUCGGAGAAAGUGGAGUGGGGAAAUCAAGUCUUCUGUUAAGAUUUACAGAUGAUACAUUUGAUCCAGAAAUUGGUGCAACUAUUGGUGUAGAUUUUAAAGUGAAGACCCUCACUGUGGAUGGAAACAAAGCAAAGCUAGCAAUUUGGGACACAGCAGGACAGGAACGUUUUCGAACUUUGACACCCAGUUACUACAGAGGAGCUCAGGGUGUUAUACUAGUAUAUGACGUCACAAGGCGAGAGACUUUUGCCAAGCUGGACAACUGGUUGACUGAACUGGAUACAUACUGUACAAGAAAUGACCUUGUAAAGAUGCUGGUGGGAAACAAAAAAGAUAAGGAAGAUCGUCAGCUCGAGCGAGAUGAGGGCUUGAAAUUUGCUAGGAAACAUUCAAUGCUGUUUAUAGAGGCCAGUGCUAAGACGAGGGAUGGAGUUCAGUGUGCCUUUGAGGAGCUGGUGGAGAAGAUCCUGCAGAGUCCAGGCUUAUGGGAGAGUACACACAAGACCAGAGGAGUCCAACUAUCUGAACUCUCUCAAACUGAUGGAGGCUGUGGAGCAUACUGCUCACUUCUCUAGCAUUCAAACAAUGCAAGUUAGCUUCCAAACAAAGGAUACAUAAACCUCUUUAGUUUAUGUACCUAUGCAAGCGCCCAUACAAGUGACCAUAAGGAAAAAGUUAUAUUACCUGGACAGUUGUGAUCGUUUAUCAGUAUUCAUUUUAAUGUGAUCUCUGGGACAGCAGAUAAACUUCAAGAGGAGCCCUUUCCAAUUCAGGACAUGCUUAAUAUUUACAAAAAAGUUGAAACUUAAUUACAUCCCAGUUCGGUUGGUUCAGUUUAUAGUGUUUUACUUUGUUACGUCCCAGUGCCUGUGUUUCUUAUUUGUGGAGAGGUAAACAGUCAUCGGCCCAACUCAACCUUUCAAACUCCUGGAAUGAGAUCUCAGUACAACACAGAUUUCCAUCAACAUGCCCUCGCUUGAUGUCUGCGGUGUGUGUUCGUUCACUAUCAGCCCAUCUCUGGAUUCCACUUACUCUUCUUGUCAGUCACUGACGUUAAUUCACUUUUCUAUCCCGCUACAGGAAUCUGUGUUCAAUUCACUUCUAUCUCUGUGUUUUCACCCCGUGCUCCACAUCGGUCCUCUCUCACUUUACGGAAUAAUAGAGUUACCAUGGUUUUGGAUCUGAGCUUUACUGCUUUUAUUGACUUGGACCGCCCACUUAAAAACAUGUUUUUAAAGGGUUUACAAAUCAAACAGAUUGGCACCAUGACUCUCUAUUGUAUCUAUAAAAAGGGGGAAAAUAAGAAGAGAAUAGAAAAAAAGACGGCUUUUUUCCUUUAUAACUACUUGAAGUUGGAUGAAAUGUUUCACCUAAAGCAUCAUCAACAGUGUUAAACUCACUGUAGUGUCAGUUUGUCUUACAGAAAGAAAAGACGAUGUAAGUUUUGUCCAUGUUUAAAUGAAAGUCUUUGAGUGAGUCAUUAGGGUGUGACUAUAGACGGCUGAUUUUCACACCGAGAGAAAUGGAACAAAAGGACCAAUUUAGAAAACCUUAAGACAUCUAAUAGUAAUGCAGAGUAAAAAGUUACAUUCCCCAGGUUCCAAUCUGGACCAUUCUGGAGUAUUUAAGCAACUUAGUCUUUGCUUUACAGAGUAAUCCAGGGUGUCCCAAAUGUUUAAUCUUCUAUUCACGGCUUAAAAUCUAGAUGGCAACAUUUUCAGAAAGUGUGCAAGAAAAGCUGAGUUUAUGCAUUCCUUGUCAUUUUAAGAUCAAUUAAUAUUGACAAUUGAACGUUUAUGUAAUUACAAGUUGCAUGCAAUUUUAUCUUUAAUCUGUUGAACACAAAAUAAGAUAUAUUAAAGGAACACGCCCACAUUUUGGGGAUUUAGCUUAUUCACCGUAUCCCCCAGAGUUAGAUAAGUCCAUACAUACCUUUCUCAUCUCUUUGCGUGCUG